CAACUCUAUAAUUAAAAUGUAUUAUCACGGAUCGAGAAUCAUUCAUCGAAGGUUAUCAUUCGCCUUUGAUACAGCUUUUUCCUGCUGGUGUACCGCCAGAUCGACGAUGUACCUCUUACUGUGCGUGACUUUCCUAUCCAUCGGAGGUACGCUUUCGGAACCACCACUUGCUGUAGUAAAGGAAGGUACUUUGAGAGGGACAUAUAUGAAAACCUUGGGUGGCAAAGAAAUCGCUGCAUUCCUCGGCGUACCUUACGCUGCCCCACCUGUCAGAUUUCAGUCUCCUUCUCCGCCAAGAAAGUGGGAAGGGAUCCGAAAUGCUACUGAACCAAAAAGUGAUUGCCUUCAUUAUACUGAGUUGGGUCUUUAUGUUCUUGGGUCUGAAGACUGUUUGUACGCUUACGUUUAUGCACCUAAGGAUUUCAACGAAACAAAAACUUUAAAAGAUGUAAUUAUAUACAUUCAUGGAGGAGGUUUCAGCUGCAUGCUGGGACAUUAUGGCCCUAGAUAUAUACUGGAUCAUGAUGUGGUUUAUGUUUUCUUUACAUAUAGACUUGGUCCUUUAGGUUUCCUAAGCACUGGCGAUACUGUAAUACCUGGGAACUUUGGACUAAAAGAUCAAAAUAUGCUAUUGAAAUGGGUUUCACACAAUAUCAAAGCUUUCGGAGGAAAUUCAAAUAGUGUGACUCUAACUGGUACCUCAGCUGGUGGAGCAAGCGUUCAUUACCACAUGUUGUCUCCGAUGUCGAAAGGUCUUAUUCACCGAGCUUUCUCAAUGAGCGGAACUGUUCUGGAUCCGUGGACAAAAACAGAAAAUUUCAAAGAAAGGGCAUCGAAGUUGGCGCAGUUGUUAAAUUGUCCUAGUGCCAAUUCGACCGAAUUCCAUGACUGUCUCAUGAAAAAAGAAGGCCAGGAAAUAGUUUCAAAAAUGAAGGAUUUUCACACAUGGAUUUACUAUCCCUUUACUGUUUUUGGACCAGUUGUUGAAGUUGAACAUCCAGAUGCAUUUAUAUCUAAACCACCGAUUGAGAUAAUCAAGAACAAAGAGGCCCAAGAAGUACCUUGGUUUACAACACUAACAUCAGAAGAAGGUUUAUAUCCAGUUGCUGACUUUAUAGCUAAUAAGACAGCACUUAAAUAUUUGGAUGAUCAUUGGAAUGAGAUUGCUCCAAGUCUAUUGGACUAUGGGCAUUUAUUCGAAGAAUAUGUGUCAAAUGAAAUAAGCAGGAAGAUUAGAAACGAAUACUUUGGAAAUGGAUCAAUAUUAAAAAAUGAAAAAGCUUUAAUUGAUGUAUGUAGUGAUAGACAUUUUGUUCUUGGAACAGUAGAUGCAGCAAAACUUCAUGCAAAAUAUUACAAAUCACCAGUUUACUCUUAUUUAUUUUCUUACAGAGGAAAAAACAGUGUUUCUGGAUAUGUUUCCAAGUCCAACAAUAAUUGGGGGGUUUGCCAUGCAGAUGACACUGGUUAUAUGUUUCAUAAUGAAAUGAUUAAUACUGAAGAAAUUGCAAAUGACCGGAAGAUGAUUGCAGUGAUGACUAGAGUGCUUGUAAACUUUGCUAAAAACGGAGCACCUCAAAUGGAUGAUAAUUUGCUCUGGCCAGAGGUCGACGAUGUGGAAGAUACUUUUACCUACGUAAAUAUCAAAAAUCAUACUUAUAAUAUUUUGGAGAGAAAUUCUUUACUUGGUCGACCCAAUUUUUGGGAUCUUCUCGGUUUUAAAAAAAAAGAGAUAUAGUAAAAAGAUUUACUAUUUAAAAAAAAAAUUAACCAGCAAGUUUGAAAAAUAUUUUGAAAUUUAAAACAAAUUGUAUUUAUUGUUUUGAAUUUAAACCUCAUGAUUUUUUUUUAUUACUAUCAAUAAAUUUUUUAAAAUUAAAAUGGUUAUGUACAUUUUAUUGUGUUAGUUGUUUCUUAGAAAAAAAUAAAAAUCCUAUUUCCUUCGCUCAUUACUAAAUGUUUGGGCUCAUGUUGAGAUGAGUUCUACAUAAAAAAAUAUCUUGCUAUAUUUUAAUUCAUUAUGUAAUUCUGACUGAUUAUACCAGUUUAGAUCGACUUGUAUUUUAAAUUAUAAUAAAAAAAUAUAUAUAGAUC